UCGCAAAUAAAGAGGGCGCAAUACAUGUCGCACAUGUGUAUGAUGACGAUUGAGUGGGUAAUUUCGUUCGCCGGUGAAAUCUGUCUAAAUUAUUGAUUGCAAAAUCAUAUUGUUUACGAAGUUAUUUGAAAACGGUUAUUUAAUUAGUAUUAACCUGUCUGAUAACUAAGUAUCAGAGAACCCAUUCGCCACGUUUCAUCGCUUAGAAGUCCACGAAAAUGCCGAAAAAGAAGGGUAGAGGAGGCAAGCAGAACGUGGAGGAAGAGUGGUACGACAAUGCGGAGGAGGCGGUCAAAGAACGGGAGAAAAUGAAGAAUAACGCGGUAGCAGAUGGAAGCAGUGACGAGGCAGACAAGGCUGUCACCGGCAAAAAUAAGAAGGAUAAAAAGAAAGACAAGAAGAAGAAGAAAGACAAGGGUUGGAUGCGAGGGGAGGACAAUGAAGAUGAUGAAGAUAAGAAAUUGGAGGAGAAGAUGAAAGAUCUGGCCAUUGAGGAUGAAGAAGAAGAAGACUUUGCUCCAGUCAACUCAAAGCCCGCUAAAGCCGGCGGCUUUGCUGCUCUGGGUGCUCUAGAGGAUGAGCUUGAAGAUAGCGAGGAAGAAACCUUGGAAGAAGAGCGACCCAAGAAGACGAAAGGGGGCAGCAAGGGCAAGAAGGAGAAAGAAUCAAGGAACAAGUCAAAGGGUGACACAAAAGAUAAAGAUGAAAUCGUUGAUCGAGCAGAAGAAGAAGAAGAAAAGGAAGAAGAACAAAAUCAGAAAAAAGAGCCGGGCUCAGAGAAACCAGAGCCAGAACCGACGGAAAAAGUGAAGAAAAUGAGCAACAAAGAGAAGAAGAAACUCAAGAAACAUCAAGAAUUCUUAGCCUCUAUGAAGCUAGCCAGCGUUGGAGAUGAUCUGUCCCAGUUCUCACUAUCGCAACAAGAGAAGACAACCAAGGGUGCUUUACUAGAAAAUGCCACAGACAUCAAGAUCGAGAAGUUUUCCAUUUCGGCGGCUGGUAAAAGCCUGUUUGACAACGCGACGCUGGCCAUCGCACAGGGGCGACGAUACGGUCUUGUUGGUCCCAAUGGCAUGGGUAAGACCACAUUAUUGAACCACAUUGCCACCAGGGCUCUGGCCAUUCCACCCAAUAUCGACGUUCUGCUGUGUGAACAAGAGGUCAAAGCCGAUGAGACGCCAGCCUUUGAGGCUGUCCUGAAUUCCGACAAGAAACGGUUGGCUCUCUUGAAAGAGGAGAAAGAGUUGCUGGCGGAAAGUGAAAGAGGAGAUGACUCACACAGUGAAAGACUCAAACAGGUUUAUGAGGAGAUGUCUGCAAUCGGCGCUGACUCGGCAGAACCACGAGCAAGAAGAAUAUUGGCGGGUUUGCAGUUCACACCAGAAAUGCAAAAGAAAGCGACCCAGGACUUCUCUGGAGGGUGGAGGAUGCGUGUGUCAUUAGCAAGAGCUCUGUUUAUGGAACCCACGUUACUGAUGCUUGAUGAGCCUACUAACCAUCUGGACCUGAACGCUGUUAUCUGGCUGAACAGCUAUUUGCAAGGAUGGAAGAAGACACUACUCAUCGUCUCCCACGACCAGCAGUUCUUAGAUGAUGUUUGUACAGACGUCAUCCAUUUAGAUGCACGGAAGUUACAGUAUUACAAGGGAAAUUACAAUGCAUUUAAGAAGAUGUUCAAACAGAAGAGGAAAGAGCAGCUCAAGGAGUACGAGAAACAGGAAAAGAAAAUCAAAGAGUUAAAAGGGAGAGGAAAAUCAACCAAGGAUGCUGAAAAGGAAACAAAGACGCAACAAGGAAGGAAACAAGGGAAGAACAAGAACAAAGGCGACCCCACGGGGGAGGAAGUAGAGGUCCUUGAACUCCUGGCUAAACCCAGGGAAUACGUGGUCAAGUUUACAUUCCCGCAACCCCCCAAACUCAACCCACCAAUCCUGGGGCUCUAUGCUGUGGAUUUUGGAUAUCCAGAUCAAGAGUUGCUGUUCAAGAACCUGGAGUUUGGCAUAGAUAUGGAAUCAAGAAUUGCCAUUGUCGGACCAAACGGCGUUGGGAAGAGCACACUACUGAAAUUACUUAAGGGAGACCUACAACCGUUAUCUGGUGAAAUGAGAAAGAACCACCGACUGCGUAUCGGCUUUUACAGUCAGCAUUCAGCCGACCAGCUGGACUUGGACGAGACAUCAGUGGAAUACUUACAGCGAGUGUACAACUUGGGCUACCAGGAGGCUCGCAAGACCCUUGGUCAGUUUGGACUGAUCAGCCACGCUCACACCAUCAAGAUCAAGGACUUGUCGGGCGGUCAGAAAUCCAGGGUGGCCUUUGCCGACAUGUGCAAGCGACAGCCCGACGUCAUUAUAUUGGAUGAGCCUACCAACAACCUAGACAUAGAAUCCAUCGAUGCCCUGGCCGAUGCCAUCAACGUCUACAAAGGAGGAGUCGUUCUGGUCAGUCACGACGCCCGCCUGAUCACGGAGACCGACUGCCAACUCUGGGUGGUGGAAGAGAAAUCCAUCAACGAGAUCGACGGGAACUUUGACGAUUACAAGCACGAGUUGCUAGUGGAGCUCGGAGAGCUAGAAAAAGAUGCCUAGAUUUGUAAGUCGGGUCAGCGACGCCUCUCCGCCACCCCCCUGGUUUUCACUUCUUGUGUCCAGUUCAAUCCCAUCUGCAUCAGUGUUAGGAACGGAAGAACUUGGCACAAAGAACUCGGUGAGCUUGAGAAAAAACGACGACGCCCAGAUUGUAAGUUGGGUUUAUAGCCAUGCCCAUCCCCAUCCCCCUGGCUUUCACUUCAGAUGCUCCGAGUUUGAGUUCCAUGUGCAUCAAUAAUAAGAUAGGAAUUAUUUUCUUUUUUCCUGAUUUUUGAAUCUUUGUCUUUCACUUCUGAAAAUGAAAAUGUCUUCCUCAUUUGACCUUUUUGUGAAUGUUCAAGGAUCUGGAAGGGGAAGAGGGGUGUCUUGCACAUAUCUGAAGGAGACAAAUUUAUUUUUCUGUCAAACUAGAUGGUAAAUGGAUGGCCCUCUUUGGCGUUUUCAACCGAUUUUGCUUUUUGGUUGGUUAUUUUGUCACAAACUUCUAGAAAACAAAGUCAGUCACAAAGUCAGCAGGAAGCCAUCUGUACAUUUUCGAAAGAUACUCGUGGUGAAAAUAUUUCUUAAAAACCUUUAUUUCCAAUUUAAAAAAAGGGGUGAUCGUGCCAGGGUGUAGAAGGUGGUAAUUUCUGGGGGUUUUAGCCAAAAAUUUCAUUUACAGGAAAUAUAUUUCAUUUUUGGAACAGAAUGUAGGGAGACUUUCCAUUUCAUUUAUUGACAUGUUUUGCUAAAGAACUAUUGCUUCAUAGACGUUGAAAUUAAAACUUGGCUUGGGAUGAUCAAGAAGAUAUUGAUUUUUUUUUAAUAAAAAGCUCUUGCAAAACUGAUUAUUAAAAACCAUAUCAAUCAAAACUGAUUUUAAUAAGUCAACUUUCCUAAAUCAAGCUUCAUAUUUAUAUGGACAUUCUGUUGGGAUGUUAACAAAUUUAACUUAAAAAAAUCUUUUAGAAAGAUUGUCUACCAUCUUAACCUUGGAUAAUGAAUAAAACUGCUGCAAUAUUUCGAGUAAAUAUGGAUCUGGGGUAAGAAUCAUGUCAAAGUUCAGGGUUAAGAGUGCAGAACGUUACUGCAAAGGAAAAACUCUUUAAACAUGUAAAAAAAUAAAAAUAAAAAGGAAACUAUUUGACCCAAGAUAUUUCUUGAACUUGUAAGUGUUUUUGAAUAAUGACAUUCAAAAUGUAGACUUUGUACAAAUGGUAGUCAUUUUAUUCUCUGGUUCAGCAUCAUACAAAUAAAAAGAACAAAAGAUUUAUGCAAGGCA